CAAAAAAAUAAAAUAAAAUAAAUAAAAGAGAAUUUAAUUACAGCAGUUUUCGUAAAAAAUAGAAAAUGUUUAAAAACAUUAUCAAAGCGAUUUUUAUUCUACUCUUAAAUUUUGAAAAGGUUAUUUCUGUGCCUAACCCAACUGGAGAUAUAACUCCUGGAUGUUUCUACUACUUUAACAAGACUGAUCCUGAUCCGGUUAUUUCAUCGCCAAACUUUGGGUAUAGUAAUUAUCCAGAUAGUAUCAAAUGUGGUUGGAUGGUUGAGACAAACACAGAUCUUGCCGAUUUAACAUUAAAAAUUGAUCGAUUUCACUUAGAACCCAAUAAACUUUGUAUCAUGUUUGACUAUUUGAUUAUUUAUUAUCAAUACACCGAUGAAAACGAUUGGGCCGUGCUCGAUAAUAGAGAGGGUUACUGCGGACAACUUGCAAAUCUACAGCCAUUUGUUGUUAAUGCUAAACGGAUGUUUAUCAAGUUUGUUUCCGAUAUCUCUAAUAGUUUUCCUGGAUUUAAUGCUACAGUUCACAUUGCUGUCACUGACGCUGCACCCUCUAUUGAUUGCUUGGGUCUGCUCCAUAUAAAUAAGCUGAGCUGUAAUGAUUCAGUUUCUGUGGUAGAGGGUGAUCCUCUUACAAUUUCCUGUCAAGCGCGAUUGGCUCUUCCACCAGCUCAAUAUGAAUAUAAGCGAAUUGUUAAUGGAUCUGUUGUAAAUAUUGAUUCAACAAAAAUUAAGGCAUUGUUUCAAAAUGGAGAUAUUUUGUUUCAAAACUUGGUAAUAGCGGAUUCUGGAAUAUACCAAUGUACAGCAUCAAAUAAACGAGGAGUUGAUAAUAAAACCUUUGAAUUAAAAGUGACAGAAAAAUGUUUAUGCCCAAAGUUUAUUCAGAUGAGUUGGUACAAUAAUCCUCCAUACAUAUAUUCAUCAAAAUCACGUAAUGGAUCACUAAUUGUAAAUGGAAUAUUUCCAACAGUCUUGACAAAGAUGAUAAAUGAUGUUUGUGGUCAAUGUGAAUUGGGUCAUGGACCAAGUGAAAUUGUUUGGGAUGGAAACUCUAAGGAACUAUCAAACACAAAGAAAGGUUAUGGAGAUAUUUCAAAGGACGUUAUGCAAUUAGAUUCAUCUGCUUCGGGCUACGACAUGAUAUUUCCUUUGAGUAAUGUUCAAAAUGUUGACACUUAUCAAAACAACUACUGCGUAGCAUUAUUGAAUUCACCUGGUGUUGCAUUGAUUGUUUCAAAACCAAAUGAAAAUGCUUCCUCUAUUGCAAUGUUUAAUGCUAUAUUGAAUGCGUGGCCAAUUUUAGUUUUGGUAAUUGUAAUGGCUACUCUAGCUGGUAUUCUUAUCUGGAUUCUUGAAACAUAUUGGAAUGAAAAGCAGUUUCCGCGAAGCUUUACCUCUGGAAUGGGUGAAGGUUUUUGGUGGGCUUUUGUUAGCAUGACAACAGUUGGAUAUGGUGAUAUUGCUCCUAUUGCAGUUCCAGGUCGUCUUUUUGCAGUUGUGUGGAUUUUGACAGGACUUGUUCUUAUUGCAAUUUUUACAGGGGUUAUGGCCACAUCACUUACAGUUACCGCCAUGUCUACUGAUAUUAUGUUAUAUGGGUCUGUGUUAGGUGCAUUAAACAACACUGAUGAAUAUAGACUGGGUGUUAACAGAAAUGGCAUAAUGAAAAAUUACUCCAGCUUUCAAUCAAUGAGGGCAGCCAUGGUCAACAAUGAAGUGAAAGGAAUGUUGUUGGAUAUGUAUGUUGCUGGCUUUUAUAUGAAAACUGACACAGAAUUUCGUGUUCAAACUAUUUUUCAAUCAAGUAAUACAUAUUGUGUUCUUUUGGGAAACGAUUUGAAUCAAAAAGCUGUAUAUGAUGCAUUUGUUGCUUACACAACUUCAAAUACUGCUGUCAUCACAAAACAAAUAACCCAGAACUCUAAUACCUUGUCACCAGCAGGAGAUAGUUCGGCACAAAGCUCUGCACAAAAUAUUUUCAAUCCAAGCAACACUUUAUUUUUGACUUCUUUGGGUGCUACAUUAGCUAUGCUUUUUGCUUUUAUUAUUUUUGGUGUUUUGUUUGAGUUUCGGUAUCUGCGACCAAGACAGCGUAUGGUCCAAGCUGCAAAAAAUCUUGAAAUGAUUUCAUCACCAGAAGUUAAAGAGAUGGCUACGCAAGUAAAGUUGUUGAAGGAGUAUUUAUUGAUGGAGGUAAAUGAGUUUUAUGAGAGAUGGUCAAUGAAGUUGACAAAAUUAACAAAGAAGCAUAAACUGCAGCAAAAAUCAUUCCUUAAGAAAACUGCACCUAAAGUUCGAAAUGGCAAAAUCCUAUCCACUAACACUCUUCAUUCCGAUAACGUAGACGGAGUCGAUGGUUCAUCAAGUUAUGAAAGUUCAUUGCAACUAAAUGAACAUGAAGAAACUAAACAUCUUUAAUUUUUACUGUUUGUGUGUGUUUGUAAGUGUGUUUAAUUAAGUAUAGUUUAGAGAUAAGCAAAGCAAAGCAACCAAUUGUUUAUGCUUGUAAAUCUACAAUUUGCACGUGCUUGUUUAUUUAAGCGAUAUAAAAAACAAAAAUUAUUUGAUUUAAGCUUUGACUUCUAUUAAGUUCUUUUUUAUAAUAUAUUUAAAAAAUUUUAAUGUUGUUAUUUUUAUUAUAACAAAAUCCUUUUGAUUAAAUGCUCUGCUUGAUGAGUAACAAACCUUAUGUAUUGAUGAGUAACAAACCUUAUGUAUUAGAAAAUUAAAUAAAGUCAAUAAACAAAACAAUUUGCUU